AUGCCUUCCUCUCAGGUGGUUUACACAGUCGAUGGCGUGUGGUGUGUCGACAGCACCAUGGCGGUCAUGAACUCGAAGGAAGACCUCGAAGUCAAGAACUGGACAGGAGACUUCACCAAAGAUGCACCACUUGAUUAUCAAGUCAUCUUGAGGCCAAGCGUCAGCGACAGGGUCAGGGCCUCGAGGCACUAUCACAGCAUCGCUGAUGAAGAUUUGCUGGUUCUCUCCACCGACGGUUCCGUCGCAGAGCGAGGCAAACGCGGUGGUUGGGCCGCGAUCCAGUCGGCACCGGGAGACCGACUCAUUCACUUCACGUCCGGUUCCAUGACGUGGGCCGAAAGGCCACCGUGGGCCAUUGUGCCCUGGGAAGACGAGAAGAAGGUCCGCUCGGGUGAGAUGGAGCUUCGAGCCGCUUCGGAGGCUCUCGAGAAGGCAGUCGAGAUGAUUGUCCAGCGCAGGGCGCAGAGGAAGUCGACAUGGAAGACCAUUGUCGUGCUCUCCGACUGUGAACUUGUGCUCAAGAGUGUCGGCCGGUACCGGCUUUCUGCUGGUCAAACUCGUGUUUACGAGUACUGCAAUAUCUCGAUCCUCCAGAGUCGCGAGACGCUGAACAAGUAUGGCGUGGGCUGCGUGUUUGAGAUGACGAAGGGUCAUUCCGACGUCGCUCCAAACGUUGCUGCCGACAUGGUUGCUGGGGCCCAGUCAGGGUGCAAAUCAUGGCGCCGGGUCAGAAGGUGGAGGAACCCUCAUGGCGGAAAUCCCAUUGAGGAGCUUCCGUCACCGACACGCUAA